CACUUUAACGUAUUUCACCAGUUCAGCACUUUCAGCAGUGAAGCUACAAAGAACGGCUCGACGGACACGUGCAAGUAUGGGUUUCCAAAAUAUUUGGUAUUCGCAUCCGCGAAAUUACGGUCAAGGAUCUAGAUCUUGCCGUGCCUGUGCAAACAGACAUGGACUUAUUCGUAAAUAUGGUCUAAACCUCUGCCGGCAAUGCUUUAGAGAAUAUGCAGCUGAUAUUGGUUUCAAAAAGCUGGACUAAAUACAGCAUAGAAAUAGCUGAAGCAAUAUCGGACCAAUCCAUACCUGUGAUUUCUAUAUCAACAGUAAUAUCUUGAAAUUAUAUAAAAAAGCAAUAAUUGAAAAUGGAUGUUAGGACAUCAUAAUUGUAUGUCAUGCCUUCACAAUUGUAUAUUGCUUCACAAUAAUUUUGAUAAUCAUUUAAUAAAUAUUAAAGAGUAAAAA